AUGUGGGCGGAGGGGGGGCUGAGGGGCGUGGACUGGGGGGAAGAGGGCGGGCGUGGGAUGGGAGGGUGUGGGUGGGCGUGGAUGUGUUGGUAUGGGAGCAGUGUGACGCCACACCCCAAUCUCUGGAAUAUAAAAAGCAUCCCUCACCCCAUCAUCCCAUCACCCCAGUCACCUCCAGUCAAUCCCAAUCACCCCCAAUCACUUCCAGUCACCCCAAAUCACCCCACACCCCAAUCUCUGGAAUAUAAAAAGACACCUUCAAAUCAUUCUGUGUUACUGUCUCCCUGUGUCUGUGUCCCCUACCCCCCCCGUGCACCCCAGUCCCACCCCAGCUCCAGCCCCAGUCCCAACAUCACCCCUCCCACAGCCCUGCCCGCCCCGCCCCGCCCGCCUCCCCCCAUCUGUGCAGCGGGACCUAUGUGA